UUAUAUAAACAGCGUCCGGGGUUUGUGACUCAUUCAAACGCUUACUGCAGUGCUAACCUUACUAGUAUUACUCCACCACCAUGAGAGAAAUUGUGCACAUUCAAGCCGGCCAGUGUGGUAACCAGAUUGGCGCCAAAUUCUGGGAGAUCAUCAGUGACGAGCAUGGCAUCGACCCGACAGGCACCUACCGCGGGGAUCAUGACCUGCAGCUGGAAAGGAUCAAUGUGUACUACAACGAGGCCACUGGUGGAAAUAGAUAUGUCCCUCGGGCCAUCCUGGUGGACCUGGAGCCCGGCACCAUGGACUCUGUGAGGUCGGGUCCCUUCGGCCAGCUCUUCAGGCCAGACAACUUUGUGUUCGGUCAGAGCGGGGCGGGCAACAACUGGGCGAAAGGUCAUUACACUGAGGGCGCAGAGCUGGUAGACUCCGUGCUGGACGUGGUGAGGAAGGAGUCUGAGGGAUGUGAUUGUCUGCAGGGCUUCCAGCUGACUCACUCCCUCGGCGGCGGCACUGGCUCUGGCAUGGGUACCCUCCUCAUUUCAAAGAUCCGUGAAGAGUACCCCGACAGGAUCAUGAACACCUUCUCCGUGGUGCCCAGUCCAAAGGUAUCUGACACAGUGGUGGAGCCCUACAACGCCACGCUCUCCGUUCACCAGCUGGUCGAGAACACAGACGAGACUUACUGCAUUGACAACGAGGCACUCUACGACAUUUGCUUCAGGACCCUCAAGCUCUCCACGCCCACCUAUGGCGACCUCAACCACCUCGUGUCCCUCACCAUGUCCGGCGUCACCACCUGCCUACGAUUCCCCGGCCAGCUCAACGCAGACCUCCGCAAACUCGCCGUCAAUAUGGUGCCCUUCCCACGACUCCACUUCUUCAUGCCAGGGUUCGCGCCACUCACCUCCCGCGGCUCUCAGAUGUACCGCGCCCUCACCGUCCCCGAGCUCACCCAGCAGAUGUUUGACGCCAAGAACAUGAUGGCAGCGUGCGACCCCCGCCACGGCCGUUACCUCACCGUCGCCGCUGUGUUCCGAGGUAGGAUGUCCAUGAAGGAAGUGGACGAACAGAUGUUGAAUAUCCAGAACAAGAACUCCUCUUACUUCGUGGAGUGGAUCCCCAACAACGUGAAGACUGCGGUGUGUGACAUUCCCCCACGCGGCAUCAAGAUGGCCUCCACCUUCAUCGGUAACUCCACCGCUAUCCAGGAACUCUUCCGUCGCAUCUCUGAGCAGUUCACGGCCAUGUUCCGGCGAAAGGCUUUCCUCCACUGGUACACCGGCGAGGGCAUGGAUGAGAUGGAGUUCACGGAGGCGGAGAGCAAUAUGAACGACUUGGUGAGCGAGUACCAACAGUACCAGGACGCAACGGCCGAGGAGGAAUACGAGGACGAGGAGGAGCACGCUGAGGAGGCCUAAAGUGCCUUCCCUGUCUCCCCCAAAGACCACCCCGCCCACGCCUCCGUCAGUGUCGCCGCGCUCUUCUAGGGUUACCGGUAUCCUGUGUAGUUUCAGCUUGCCUCAGAUUAUCGACGAGUCCCAAAAGUUGUCUCAUAAAGCCAUGGAGGAUUAUCUUCACUUGCCUCUUCGUUUGCCACUUCUCGCUUCAUUCAAGAAGGAAACAAAACAAAACAAACAAACAAACAAGCGACAGACACAUUGAAGGAGUCAUGUUCGUCUGGUUCUCUGGCAUUGGGUUUCAUGCUGCAGUAUUUGAGUUUCACGGUAAUACAAAAUACUUAACUGUGAAUUUUUCGGUAUUGUCUUUGAAUUCUAGUGUAUUAUACUUUUGAGAGGAGCUAAGUGGAAGAUCAUUCCAUGACACAACGUGCUAAUACACUGCCAACCGACGAGUGACUAAUGGUGUCUCACUUGCUUCACUCAACAGACUCAUUGGUUGGGAACAAGGCCGCUUUAAAACAAAACAGAAGGACAAAAAGAUAAUUAAUUGCUCCAUGUCACAAUUCACCAAGUCUGCGUGAUGGGUCCGGCACGCGUCAAGAUAAAGAAAGGUCUCUGUUCUAACCCCAGUCUGGAAGGGGAGUCGAGAGCGAAGUCUGGGUCGUGACGAAGGAGGGAAGGUCCUGGCUGGAUGGAGUGCAGGGAGGGCCGCCUUGCUGGUCCAACCCUCGCUGCUCCUAAACACUGGUAUGGUUAACCUCGGCUGUCACAGCAGCGUCUCAUCCGAGCCAGGCGCGCCGCUUCCCACUCGUCAGGGUCGUGACUCGAGGCGUUGUCACUAUUGGCAGAGUGAAAUUUACGUUUAAUCGGUCGAAACUUAAUUGUGUAAGAUUAGUUUAAGACUUUCUUUUUCCCCACCCGAGCUAAUUUAUUAUUGUGUCCCCUCUUGAUGCCGUGCCCUCCUUACCAUGACCCAAGAUUGCGGGGUUUUUGUAGUCUGUCCUGACCUUCCCCCACCCUCCUGUUGGUUCACGUUUCAUUUGUUCUUAUGUCUCAUUUCAUUUUCAUGGCAAGUAAUGUUACGUUCACUUAUUUCACUACUGCAGUUUUAUCAUUAAAUAAACGUUUGUAUGGUC